AUGACACGGCGCGGCAAGGAUGGCUCGUCGGGAAUCGGGCUGGCGUGUUGCUCGCGGAUGUCCAAGGUGCAGCGGCGCUCGGUGGUCGUCGGAGGUUGGCCGCGAGUUGCUGCUCGCCUGCGUGGAGAAGUUGCAGAGGAGGACGUUGGCGAUGACAGAGGCAAAAAAGAACUCCACCUCCCAAAACCUUCACGACAGUCCAGUUUACCUUCCCCGGCCAAAAGCUCCUCCUCGCCGGCGCUGCAAGGGUGGGAGAUUCCGGUGCGACCAUCCUUACCUACUGCACCACUAAAUUCGCCGUCGGUCGGGCAUUCGUCCCCAGCCCCAUCCCUUUCUGUUUGGAUUGCAAUCCCAGUGACCCCAGCGCCAUUUGUGUAUGACGUCAUACUGUUCGAACCCUAUCCCAACCAAAAACUCAACCUUUGGUAUCAACGAAUUGGGCCGAAGAAGCCGAAUUCAACCAGAAACUCCAAUGUGGGCCUCAAUCGGGCCUUUAGGCCCGAACUGAGGGUCGACGAUGAAGAGCUGAGGUUACAUAUCGAUAAUCUGACAGGCGGCGGCGAGAGUGUUUUAGUGGAGUUAGAGGUAAAGAAGCUUUUCCCAACAUUUGACAUUGGAGUCACCGGUGGUGGCCGGAAUACUGGCGGCAUGAUUGUCAAGGUGGAGAUAUACAAUCUUGAAGGAAGUUACAUGGAGGUCGCAGCCACCGCGACACAGGGAUCAGUUGAAGAGGCAGCCGCCGGCUCUGAAGGCCGCGACGACGGAGACGGUGUUGGAGCUGCGGCGGAGAUCGGGAUGAGGAAGAUGCAGUCUAGCAAAACGGCGGCGGCGGAAGAAUUCUGUGGCGGCGGCGGCGGCGGGAGGCGGAGGAGAAAGGCUGGGGUCAGCAGGAAUUGUAUAGGUAAGAGGCAGAAGAUAGCAGCCGCAAUGAGGAAUGGUAGGGGGUUCGCCUGA